UUCAAUUGAGUAAUAACGUUGCCAUUUCGAGUAUAACAGAGUUGGACUUUCACCACACCGCAAUAUUAGUGCUGUAAACGGCCGGUAGUUGAGCAUAGCCACUGGCAAUUGGAGUGACUGAGAUAAAUAUACAAUAGACACAGAGCGAGAUAAAUAUAUGGACUAACGCUGUAAACUCAACACAGCCGUGCCGUGCCGACGAACGAAAGAGCGCACAAAGCGUAAUGUGGAAGAAUUGAAAAAAUCAUCAAGUAUAGAGGCCAAAAGCAAACGCAGCAGUUGGGCGAAUUUUAAUAUUUUUGAUUAAUAAUUCAAAGUAUCGCAUGCUAGCUGCAUUAACAAGAAAGUGAAUGCACGCGGCAAAUAUAUUGCGGUAAGAUAAACAGCCAAACUGAACAGCAAAUAGCCAAAAAAUUCAAAGAAGCGACGACGACCAACCAACCAACACUAACAUACAUACAUACUCCGACAUACACGCACGCACACACACAGACACUCUCCAGUGAAAAAGUGCAAGCCGCGAGCGCUUUUGAAGGCGUGAAACGCAGAUCAGCUUCCAAGAAACGUAAUCAAGCGCAGAGUGGGCAUGAAAAUUUGAUUGGGAAUCUUGCUAUGGCCAGAUGCUGAUGUUUGCAAACACAUUUCCGUGUUUUUAGGAAGGCAACAUCGAACGGCAAACGGCACUUGCCGACGACUGCUGCGACCGCGAUAGAGCCCAUAUUCAGACACACACACGCGCACUCACACAACACACAUAUAGACAAGCACGCCCGCAAAUACAGUGAAACACGCAACAGCAGCGCCACAACACACACACACACAUCUACACACCCGCGCCAUCCGCCGUGUGGAGCAGGAGCCACAGGAACGGAAGAAGUGAGGCAUAUACAGGGAAAAAGGCCCGGCGGCCAGGCAACGUAGCGCUGCCGCCAUUAUCUUGAAGAUAGCAAAAGGGAACAGCGCGGGUCCACAAGUUGAUGCCACUGCCGACUCCUGACAUCGUUGCUGUCGUCGUCGUCGUCGUCGUCGGCCAGGAGCCCCGAACUGAAUAGAAACAUCAACAACAACAAUAACAAGAGAAGCGUAUUGGCGAAAACUUUGCAUUGAUGGUAAUGCAUGCUAGAAAACCGCAGCGUAUGAACGAUGGGUACUUUGAGAAGCAUACCAGUCACACAUCCUACCAGAGCUCAAAGUACAGCAGUUCAAAGCGCGACUAUGAACGCGAUCGUUCCUCCAACUAUCGCGAUCGCGACAUUUCGCCUGGCGGUGCUGGUGCCGGCGGAGGCGGUGGAGGAGGCGGCAGCGGUGGUGGCGGCCCAUUGAAUAAUGGCAACAGCUAUCGCUCACAAUCACCGGACAUAGAUUCGCCAUCAUCGCGCUCGCAUGAUCUGCGCGAACGCACCGAUCAUCGCAGCGGUGGAGGCGGCGGCGGCGGGGGCGGCGGUGGUGGUAGCAACGAGCGCUACAGCUUCAUACAAAAGAUGCGCGAUCGGGAUCGCGAUAUCUACAAAAAGGACAAAUAUUCCGGUAGCUAUAAACGUGAUCGGCGCGGCAAUGAUCGUGAUUCGGAGUCAUCGUAUCGCACGAAUCACGACAGGGAUCGUCGUGGUGGCGGCGGCGCUAAGCUUUGCUCAUCGCGCGAAAACGACAAGCGCUCCGGCUCCGACGAUCGGGAUCGUGAGCGUGAGCGCGACUUGCGUGAUAAGCGUGACAGGGGCGCCGAUCGCGAUCGGGACAUGUACAAGAAGGACAAAUAUGCAGACAAACGCGAGCGCAGUGAUCGCGGCGAGCGUGUGGCGCGCUAUGGCGACUGGAGCGAGCAUGUCAGCUCGUCUGGCAAAAUGUAUUACUACAACUGCAAAACUGAAGUCUCCCAGUGGGAGAAGCCUAAGGAAUGGGUAGAUAGAGAAAGAAACUUGCCGCGUGAUCAGCAUCGUGAGAAGGACUAUCGCGAUAAGGAUCGGGACCGAGAUCGCGAUGAUCGCUUCUCAAGAUCGACAUACAAACAUUCCAAUUCUUCGCGCGACAAUUCACGACUGAGAUGGAAUUAUGACAACGAUGGCGGUCCGCCCAGCCAUCGAAGGCGUUUGGAUGGUCGACAUAACGAUAAUGCUGAUAUGGACAUCAGCGGCGACUCAACGCCCACCUCGGAGGCCAGUUAUUCGUUAAGCGGCACACCCACCACACAUGGCGGCAGCGUGGGAGGUGGCAUGCAGUCUAGCGAACAGUCGUCUCUGAUGCCACAGGGCGUAAUGGCGGGCGCAUUGGGCAAUGCUCUGCCACGACUGGCCUCUCAUCCAAAUCCCAGCGCAGUGGUUACUCCCAUGGGGGCGCAUUACGGUUCCGUCGGAGUGGGCGGCACUGGUGGGGGCGGCGGUGGUGGUGGACCGGUGAGCGGCGCUACAAUGCUGCCUACCAGCGGAUUGGCCUCGGUGCCGUCCACCAUUGCCAACAGCAGCAACAGCAGCCUUAGAAACUCAGUUGUCGGCCACAUUGGCUCAACGUCCAGCACUACUGUGCCGACGCUGGCGAAUCAGGAGAAUCAUCUGAACUCGAAUGCGCCCGGGCCACCUGGCAAAUUGCUCAGCGCUGGUAAGGAUCAGGCGACGCUGAUGAUGCGACAGAAGCUACAUUUAGUCCUUGGCGGCAUUGAUACGCCGCAUCAUCAUUUGCUUCUCGGCAGCAUCGGCAGCGGUGGGGGCCUAACGGGCGCAGGCAGUGGCUCAGCAGCCGAUGUCGUAAAUCAUGCCUACAACUCGCUCCACAAUGUGACUGCCAGCUCCUUAAACAGCUUAAGGGACAGCAACCAACUCAACUCACCAAUGUGCAUGCCGCAUGCCCAUCAUAGUCUGUCGCCAUCGCUGAGCUAUACAAAGAGUCCCAUACCAACGAUCGUGAGUCACACGAACAAUGUUAACGCCAGUAACGCCUACACCUGCAAUGCGCCGUUCGGCCUCAAGACGGUGGCAGAUGGGCUUGCCGUUGGCGUUGGCGUGGUGUCCUCCUCACCGGCGACAAAUGCGAUCGGCAAUAGUAAUGCCAUCGCUAACAGCAGCAACAGCAACAGCUGCAACGUACCCGGCCUGGGCACUGUCAGCGGCAUCAGCGUCAUCACCUCCAUGGGUAGCAACAGUCUGUGCGGCAGUGCAGUGGCGCUUGGCGAGGGGCCGCCAACGCCAACACAAGAAUUAGAUUUAAGUGGCUCAGCUUUAGAACAACACCAACAGGUGGCUGCCGCAGCAGCCGCUGCCGCAGCAGCUCUGGCCGCGGCCCAAGUGACGCAACAGCAGGCGGCACAGCAAGCCCAACAGCAGCGCAAACUCGAUGGCACUGGUUCGGCCACGCUAAGCACGCUGCAGAGCUGUGUGGCCUCAGUGCAGGCGGCCAAUCUGCGUGGCCCGGAAAUAUCACCCAAGCUAGCCAAGUACUUUCGCGCUGAUUUAAUUGCGCACGUGACCAACUGGCAGGCGGAAGUAUUGGAGCGCCAGGCGCAGAAAUGCUGCGAGGACACGCAUCUGUUUGGGGACAUCACCUGCACACGGAUAUGCGCUGAACUGAAAUGUGCGCGCAGUUUAGUGCGGAGCACGGAGAUCAAUGCCACGCUGCAGGAACAAAAAAUCAUGUAUCUGCGCCAGCAAAUUCGCCGAAUUGAGGAGUCGAAGACUCAGAACGCGUUCAUGUCGGACGAUACUUAGGAUCAGGAGCAAUUUAGGCUGCGCGUGCAUCGCAAGCUGUCUGUCAGGCUCAAAAAGAGCACAUUUUGGCGCAGCUGAUGAUGAUGAAAGCAAUGCCCCACUAAACCCAUGCAGAUGAGUGGCUUAUCUCAUCUGUUUCGCUCAUCCGAUGCAGUUCCCAAUGAUGAUGCAUCGCAAUUUGAGCAGGGUGGAGCAGGGCAAUUAACACGUGCAUCCUUCUUUGUUGGCGGCGGGCAUACUCCCUGGUGACACUGUUGGCGUCUGUGCUAGUGGCAGGCAACAGGUGCUGAACAAAUAUUGGUCGCCGACCAGGUAACAUCAACAAUGGAGCUGCUGCAGCGACAACAAAACGGAAACGAAAACGGAAACAAACAACAAACAAACAAAAACAACAAACAACAAACAAACCAACAACAUGAUGAUGAAGAGAAGAACACAUGAAACUAAAACAUAAUUAAUAAUUAGCAACGCGUAAUUUAUAACUUAAAUAAGCAUGAAGCGCCGGCGGCAAUGUUGAGCUUAUGUUGCCGUUAUCUAAAUACAACAAACAAACAAACAAAAACACCAAUAACAAUCGAAACAAUAUAGCAAAACUAAUUGAAAACAAACAGAGACUACGGACAAAAAAAAAAAAAACAAAGCCCAAAACGAAACCAAUCCAAGAAGCAAUAAGAAAGAAGCCUCCUCGUAUCGAAUCGAAGUAAUAUACAAAAAAAAAAGGAAACAAAGAAAACAAAACACCAACAACAAACAGUAAACAAGGUAAAAACAAAACAUUAGUAAACAAAACCAAGUCAACCUAGUAUACUCAACUGCAAUAAAAUGCUAAUUUAACUAUAUACAAUA